AUGUCUACUGAAUCUGCAUUAUCAUACGCUGCUUUAAUUUUAGCUGAUGCCGAAGUUGAAAUCACUUCUGAAAAAUUAUUGGCUUUAACCAACAAAGCCAAUGUUGAAGUUGAAGGUAUCUGGGCCGAUUUAUUCGCCAAAGCUUUAGAAGGUAAAGACUUGAAAGAAUUUUUCUUCAACUUCUCUGCUGCUCCAGCUGCCGCUGCCGCUGGUGGUGCUGCCACUGGUGGUGCCGCUGCUGAAGAAGCUGCUGAAGAAGAAAAAGAAGAAGAAGCCAAGGAAGAAUCUGAUGACGAUAUGGGUUUCGGUUUAUUCGAUUAA